AACGCCUUGCCGCCGUGUGUUGUGUGUACAUAGUCAGAAUGCUGUACAUUUCAUCAUUCCCUUGUGAAAUUAACAGACUAUGCAUUUGUGACUGACGUAUAAAAUAGUAUGGGUUUGUUUACAUAAUAAAACCCUAAUUUUUGUUCAACCCAAUAAAACUCGGAUCAAAGCGAGAAGGGUGUCCAGAAUGCAUCAGGCGCAUAUACCGCGAUCUAUUUCCGGGCGCGGGCGUCGGCCCUAUUCGUGUAAGCCUCGUUCAUUUUGAACUAAAACAUGCGCGAGCUCGGCCGCGGGGGCUCACUCGUGGCUGCCACCAUCGCGGCAUUACACAAUCGUACCGUAGUCGAAGAGAAGCCUCGGUCGGUCAAAUCACGAUCGACCUCCGCGGAGAUAAGAAAUGUUGCACGGUCCAUAAGAGAAGAAAAUUUUGGUGAGAAUCGGUCGCGAAGAGCUUCCGGUGGUAGUGAACGUCCUUUGUCAACUGCGUCCGAAGCCUCGGAACGUGACUCUGCUUCCGUGCAGUCCAGUGAGGAGCCGCCCCCACAGGAGAGCGGUGAUUCGGACAGCCCUGAUGAGGCGACAGUAAAAUGCACUACGUGGUCAGACGGAGCUGUGGCUGCCGCUCGCACUGGAGGAUCAUCUGACACAGAGUCGAGCUCUUCUAGUGCUGACGAUUCUGACGAACGAGAGUACGACACUCGCGGUUGUGAUGGAGAAUACCGGACACUGACGCCUAGCAGGCGUCUUGAUAAUUCUACUAGACGCGAUGAUGAUUUUACUUGGAUGCCAACCGGAAAUAUGGUCGACGAGGGAGAAGAGCAUGUCUCAGACGCGAGAGGAGAUGAUUAUUCAGCAGCUAGCUUGGAAAGACGUCGACGUACACCUGGCGAUAGGCAAGACCGUGAUCGCAAAUCAAGGUCGUCAGUGACAUCUAAGCCCCCACAACAUCCGACCAGUGUACGUGCAUCUCCGCGGCCACGACGGUCAAGGAAUGAAGAUACACCACCAGAGCUGCAAAGGCGUUGGAACUCUUACGAGCACUUCCGAUGGCCUGAAGGCGGGUGGUGGCCGCCGAUGUGUUGGUGUCACGGCCCUCCAGUGCCGCCGCCGUGUUACAUGCACGAUAGAGCUUGGCCUUCAAAUCCCUCGCUUCCUCCCAUACCCACACGAACUUAUAAGAACGAUGCGGAGGAUCGCGUUCGUAGACUCGAGGCAGACAAGGAAAGUUUGCAUCUACAGGUGCAAGUGCUAUCGGAACAAAUCGCCGCGCAGACCGAGAAGAUGACGGAUCUGGAGCGAGCGCUGCAGGACGCAAGGCAGAGACUUGACGAUGCUGAACAAAGAUUGCAGAAGGAAAUGCUCCAACGUUCGUCCCUCGAGACGCAGAAGUUGGAGUUGUUAUCGAAAUUAAGUGAAGUGAGGCUGCGUGCAGCGGAACGUGGUAUUCUGGAGCGAUCACCGCCACCACCGGAGCCUGUUAACGCUAUGCCUGUGGCCCGACCUGCGCCUCCAAGAACGCCACCAGCAAACUACGGUCGUCAGAUCGAGCGCAACACGCACAUGUACUCGUCGCUGCCGCGCUCGUCGGUGGUGACGUCAGAGGCCCGCGUGGCGUUCGGUAAACAGAACAACAUGGUGGUGGCGCGCGGCCGCGGACACUCUGUGCCGAACCUAGCGGAGAAGGAAGAAAGUGGUCGCGGCAGCCCGGCGGGUACCGCAGCACUGCGCGCGAGGCUGGAGGGAGGCGACGCGCCGAGACAGAGAAGUACUACACCAAGACCGAGGACACAUCCUAUGCCAUGGGAAACGACAGACGUCCGCGAAUGGGACUGCGAGACCACUUGCGGUUGGUUAGAGAGCCUCGGCCUUGAAGUGUACGUGGCCGGCGCCCGCGCAUGGCUCAGCGGUACUAACGAGCGUGGGGUACUGGCCGCUGCAUCGCACAAUACUAUCGAAAAGGAACUGGCUAUCAAACAUCCGCUGCAUAAGAAGAAGAUAUUGCUUGCGCUUACUGAUUUAUUGGGCGGGCACGGAGACCCACUCCUAACCCUCGCAGGUCAGCUCGACACAGCAUGGACCCUACGCUGGCUAGAAGACGUGGGCGCUUGCGGCACGCGGGCCGCGGCCGCCGACGCCGCGCUCGACGCUAGACUAUUGCAUCGCUUGACACAUGCUGAUCUACAUGCGCAUCUACGUGUCACACAUGCGUUACAUGCCCUGUCUAUACGCAGAGGUAUCCAAGUGCUCCGCGACAACAAGUUCGACCCGGAGACGAUGAUCCGCCGCGCGGCGGAGGGCGAGGCGGUGGGCGCGGAGGGCUCGGCCGAGGCCUGCGUGCCCGCCCCGCGCCUCGCCCGCUGGUCCUCGCACCGCGUCAUGCAGUGGCUCAAGGAGAUCGACCUCGCCGAGUACGCGCCCAACCUGCGCGGAGCUGGUGUUCACGGAGGUCUUAUGUUGCUGGAGCCGCGAUUCACGGCGGAACUCCUGGCUGCUUUACUCAACAUUCCAGCUAACAAGACGCUAUUGCGGCGGCAUCUUACGCAAAGAUUUAACGAUCUACUGGGCCGUGACGUGAUCCAGCAAAAGCGUAACGCCGAACAAACGCUCGGCUAUCAACCACUGACUGCAACCACCAAAUACAAGGUACCAAAGAAAAGCCAGUUCUCACUGAAGCGCAAGAAGAGUAAGGACGACCUGGAUCUCGGCGACCUCGUGUGUCCGCUGCACGAUGACUGCUCAGGUGACAUUACCAACUCGCCAACGAUGAAAGUAAAAUCAGCAACAGCGGACGUCGCGUCGGCUGUCUCUCCCCCGCGUGACGAGGCGCGGGCGCAGUAACACUACACACAACUAUAACCACGGAAUAACAUGAGCGGAGAUGCCAUAAUACAGGUAGGUCAGGUGCCUUCUAGGUCAAAUAGAUACGGUGGGCAUGACCAAAACGAUCAGUUAGAGUGAAUUAACGAGGCAUUCGGGUCCAUUGAGACAUCUGGCAAAGAGUUUUGGUAUUACAAAAAAUGGUCGGGUCCAAAGAAAGCGUAUAAGGACGCAGACAGUAACGUUCCUCGUCCCCCGCACACCCGCAUUUUGGCGCGCUACUUUCUUAAGAGAUUUUCCGUUAUGGCACCUCCGCUUGUCAUUUUGUUCUCCUUGAUACUAACGCUGUAGGUAUGUGCGAUCGAUCAAUAAUUUAUAACUAAAAAUAUAAGAAACUGACUGUAAAGAAUAACCAAUUAGAAACUUGUCUAAGGUCUGGCAACAAUAUUUUGAGAAUUGUCUUCUAAAAAAUCUUUAUACUUUCAUGUUUAUGUACUGCAUUAUCAACAAUUAAUUUAUUGUAAGUACGUAAUCAUGGUGUUCAAAAAUUAUUGUAUUUUUUUAUUCUACUAUAAUUAGAAUUUUAAACAAUUGUUGCUAGAUCUUUUUGCGACCAAAAGGUUCUGUAAGGUAUAUAAAGUUAACUCCGGCAAAUCUAUAUAGUAGCUGCCUUUUAAUAAAAGGGCACUGUGCUACUUU